GACUAUCAACUGCUCUUGUUUCGGUUUAUUUUAUUCAUCCAUUUUAUAGGAAAAAAAGGAACCCAGAAACGAAAGCGAAGUAUUGGGUUGAUGAGACUUGACAUAAUCUUCCUUUUUCACGUGGUACAUAGCUGCGUUUCCUCUGCCUAACAGCAAAACUACGCGUGCGUAAGGGACGGUAAAAAACUGCGUACUGCAAAAAAACAGCGCGGGAGCGAUUAACAGAUCUAGCCGAAUUUCAGUUUUUUUAUUACCAAUUUCCGUCGAUUGUUAAUUUCGCGGAAUUGUUAUUUCCCAACACAUUCUGUUCAAGAAGAACAUAAGGUUAAUUACUUAGAAGCAUAAUGGCUCGACCGCAGAGGACCAGAAAAGUGAUAGACUACUCACAGUUUCAAGAGUCAGAUGAUGCCGAAGAUGAUUAUGGCAGAGGUGCAACACCGCCAGCAAAAAGAAUGCGUGCCUCACCUCGGGAUGUCAAACAGAAAAAAUCUGAAAAUGAUUCCCCAGAAGACAGUGAGGAUUCAGAGGAAAAGGAAGUAACAACCAAGAAAGAACACCAUUCGUCAGCAGGUGAAGACUUCGGUAGUGAUGAUGACUUCGGACAGGACGAUGGUAAUGCUGACAGUGACUAUGAAAGCUCAAAGAAAAUUAAGAAAGGAAGGAAAGCAGUCAAGCCAGAGAAGAACAAAAAGUCACCCAGGGCCAGGAAAAGGGCUGCAGAUGAUAGUGAUGAAGAAAAGGGCGAUCUCAAGAGUAUGCGUCAGAAGAGGCAAGCUGCCUCUAAAGCAGCUUCUAAACAGCGGAAAAUGCUUCUGGAUGAUAGAGGCAGUGAGGAAGAAGAGCAGGAUGAUGAGGAAGAAAAAAUUGUGAAUGAUGAUAGUGAUGAAGAAAAGGGCGAUCUCAAGAGUAUGCGUCAGAAGAGGCAAGCUGCCUCUAAAGCAGCUUCUAAACAGCGGAAAAUGCUUCUGGAUGAUAGAGGCAGUGAGGAAGAAGAGCAGGAUGAUGAGGAAGAAAAAAUUGUGAAUGAGGAAUCUGGAAGUGAUGAAGACUUUGUAAUUGAUGAUGACGAUGACAGUGACUAUGGUAGCUCACGGAGGAGAAGCAAGAAAAUUCGGAGGAGCAGACCUGAAAAGUCUAAACCAAGACCAAGGUUAAAGGCAACUGUGACUCCAAGCCCAGUGAAAGGCAAAGGUAAAGGGCGUCCUCCUGCAUCCAAGUUGGCAAAAGAGAAGUCUUUGUCACCUAAAGAAGAGGAGGAGGAUGAGGAGGAAGAGGAAGAGAAAGAGAAGUCAGAGGAGAGCUCCCCAGAGAAGGAAAAAGCUUCAGAAGAUGAGGCUCCAUCAGCAGAAGAUUAAAUGGGAUAUCUGCAUUGUUUUUAUAAGAACAUUGUUUUCCUAAGGAGCAGACUAGUUUUGACUAUGCUUGGCUUUUGGGCGCAGACAUGAUUUUUUUUCCUCUCCUGUCGUACGACAUAUGAGCAGUAUUCUUGUUACUUGUUUCAUGUUGGUUUCUUAGAUUGACUGCCACAGUAUCCCCACUAUUUUCUGCUAUGAUGAUGUGGGUUGCUUCAUGGGUGUUUGGCAGAUUAAAUUUUUUUGUAUGUGUUACUGAAUGAGAAGGGGGUUAAACACCAGAUUUUAUUAAAGUUCUGGAGAUUGUCCUAUGUCUGGAGUUUCUAAAGCUUCCUCUCACAAAGGUACGCUAUGAAUUGGAGUCCUAUAGUUCCAGGUGAAAGACCUUUUCAGGUGAUAUAUUUUUUUACAGCUUCAGCAAAGCACCAAGCAUUUCUUAUGAAAAAACAAAAGCCAAACUGCUUCAUUGUACAGUUUACUACUGUGUGUUUUGUGGUCACUUGUUUACCAAGGCUGCAUGCCGCCUUUUUCUUGCUCUGUUUUUUUUUUUUUUACCAUGUUCUCUCAAAAAGUGUAGCCAUGUUGAUGUUGGCACCUUAAGAAUGGCUUGAGUGUAGCAGUCAGUGCUUGUGUGUCACAUGGUGUGAUAGGUCUAUGUUGAUAACUUUUCAAAUAGGGCAGAAUUUUUGGGCCUUGGUGUGAACCCUUGUCUUCAAAAUUCCAUAGCUAUGCUGUUGGAAACAGUUAACUUGGUGUGACCAGGAACUUUGCUAAAUGUGCGUGUACAUUUUAUGGCAGCUGAUUGUUAUGGCACAGUCAGAACAUCUAUUCCCACUGUUGCAGAUUUACUGACAGUAGAAGCAGGUAAAAUCUAGUGAGGAAAGCAAUAACUGAAUGUAUCCUAAGUAAUAAAGGAGAAAUGGGAAAGAUAUAAUUUGAUCUAAGCAGCAGAAUUUACAUUUUCUCCUGAAUGUGUCUGUGUUAACUGAUACUAGUAAUAAAACCCAUAAAAAUAUGGCUUGACUUAAUAUUUGCCAUAAAUUAAAUAUUGUCUUAGUUGAAACUUUUUUUGAACUGUGCUGUAGAACCCAAUACCUUUUUUGUUUUGCCCAUUUACAAAAUGUGGUUUUAGCUGAACAAUUUAAACAUAGCUUUUUCUUAAUGCAGUAAGACAUGAAGCUAAAAUAAGAAAGCAGGCUGAUUUUUUUCCCUUCUGUGAAACACCAAAUUAAUGUCAUGAAAAAUGUUUUUUAUUUGUGUUACUGCAACAACAAAACUAGCCCUUCUGGUUUCAACAUUAUUCAAGAAAGUAUUUCUUUCGUCACCAGUUCAUCUGAUUUAAAAUUAAGCUGUCAUCUUUGUGUCUAUUCACAGAUCAGGAAAAUCAUUUGACUUCUUUAAUGAAAUACCAUGUCUAUUAACAUAAAUAUAUAGUACAUGAUUAUUUUUUCUGCAGUAAGUUCUUAGUGUUUUGGUUUCUUUCUCAAAACAAGAAUUUUGCUGUAGGGCGGAGAUUUUUUUUUGUGUCAUUUUUAUACUUAGACUGUUGUUUGACAGGUUAUUAAUCUACUUUUUAAAGCAUCAUUUUCUUAACAUAUUUUAUAAUGUCCCCAUACUUUACAGAUUAGUGGGUGGAAGAAAAUGUACCCUUUUUGAUGUAACAUUUCCAUUCCCACCACAUGUUCCUUGCAUUCUUCUUUCCUUUGACUAUACCAUAUCUAAUAGAUGCCCUGUCGCCCUUUGCCCACUGGAACUGCCUUUGUUCUCGCAUUUCUCACCACGGCACCUAAUCUUUGACCAGAGUUCAUAUGUAUUCCAUCUUGUCCCACUUUAUCUUUGUUGCUCUGUUUUCACAGAAGACAGCACAUGCUGACACUUACUGCUUUGUUUGGCCUUUUGCCUCACUGUACCUAUUCCUUGUGCUUUCUACUCAAAUGCCCAUUAGGUUCAUAGUUUAGUACUAGGCCAACCUGUGCCCUUGUUGGCUAAGUUUCCCAACCCAGAAGUAAGAAUCAAACCCUGUACCUUGUGUCUGUGAAGUAAACAUCUUAAAUUUUAUGGCAAUAAGCCAUUGGGCUGUUGCAUUCCUGUACUUCAUCAAGCUGUCAGUGGUGAAAUUCUGUCAUACUUUAAGGGUUGUGUGAAUGAUAGGAUGCGCAUGCAUUAGCCUAAAAUAAGGUAAACCGGGAGGAAAUAUUUGUGACUGUUUUUCCCCUUCAUACCUUCAUGAGUGAGUGAUCUAAUGGUUUAAUAUAGUGUCUGUGAAGCACUGCCUUCUUGCUUUUUCUAUUUUAGGUACAUUUUCUGUUUUGGGGUUCUCCACCAUUACUUUAUUGCAAGCAUCUUAAGUUGUUAUGCAUUUUCUCUCUCGCAUUUCAGAAAUACCUUUGUACAACAGAUCCAGUACAGAUUAUUGGCUUCAUUUUUUGUGUUUUGUAUAGUGUACACAUAACAAGUGUUUUUUUUUAACUAGGAAUGGUUGUUGAAUUAAUUACAAAGGAAUUAUUUUAAAGUAUUCAUAACCUUGCUUGCUUAAAGCAGAUCUUGCUCAAGUCUCUACUUCAGUUUCUUCAAAUGUUAACAUUUUCAGCAAGUUGAUUCCCAUGUAUUGCUGGAAAGAUUGAGUUAGUUUCUUUUUUAUGCAUUAGACAUGUCCCUGUACAUAAUCUGAAACCUUGAAUUUGGUUAAGCUGCACUGUGGGUUGGUGGGUAUCAUUGUAAAAUGCAGAUGACGUUAUCAGUUUGACAUGUAAUUUCUUUGAUUAAAAAAUUGGUUUUGGAA